AUGCCAUCACCUGAGAUCCCCAGCCCCUACAUAGUUCCUCCCACGCAGCAGUUCGACGGCAACGAUGGCAGCUGGAGCACGUUCCAAAUCAGCGUGGGCAUACCAGGCCAGGAUUCACGCGUGCUCCCAUCCACCAAGAGCGGCGUUACGUAUGUGAUAGCACCUGAGGGCUGUAGUCUUCCAACCGAUCCCACAAACUGCGCAAACUUGCGCGGCGCAGAGCCAUUCGAAUCGUCACAGAACACAGGCUUCCGGAUCUCGCAAUCGACACAAUGGUCGACGAUAGGGCAGUACGGUGUGGAUCUGGAGGACGCGUUGAACAUGACUGCAGAAGGGCUUUUUGGGUAUGACCAUAUUGCACUGGGAGCAUCCGCGGACACUGUUUCAGACAUCUAUGUCUCAUCGAUAGAUCACCAAGUGGUUGCUGUGAUUGCGGACAUGGAUUACUACAUGGGCGUUCUUCCAUUGGGUCAAGCAGAGUCGAGUUUCUCGAGCCUGAGCGAGCCUCAGAAAUCCCUCAUCUGGAAUCUACGAAACUUUUCUCAAAUCCCCAGCAUGUCUUAUGCCUACACAGCCGGCGCAAAGUAUAGGCUGAAGUCGGUUUUUGGAAGCUUGAUCCUUGGAGGUUACGACUCGACACGAUUUACACCCAACGCGAACGACUUUUCUUUCACCUUCUCCUCGGAUCCUUCGAAACUGUUGACAGUCGGCGUUGAAAGCAUAACGGCGACAAACACUUUGAAAGGGACCUUCUCUCUUUCGUCUGGCUCACAUUUCUCGGUCAUUGACUCGACAGUAGCCCAGCUGUGGCUACCAACGGAUAUAUGCACUCAGUUCGAGGAAGCCUUCGGCCUCACAUAUGAUGCGAACACCGAUCUCUAUCUCGUGAACGACACCAUACACGCCAACCUCACGACACUGAACCCUACCAUCACAAUAAAACUUGUCAACUCGUUCCAAGAUACAUCGACGGAAUACACGAACAUCCAGCUGCCCUACGCCGCGUUCGAUCUUCAAGCCUCGUAUCCUUUCUACACAAACGCCACACGGUAUUUCCCCAUACGCCGCGCUAACAACGAUUCACAAUACGUACUGGGGCGUACACUGCUCCAAGAGGCCUAUCUAGUAGUAGACUACGAGCGGGCAAACUUCACUGUCGCCCAGGCUACGUUCCCCGACCCUUUACCUGCUGCAAACGUCGUCACCAUCAACCCACCUAACGACGAGGAAACCAACAACGGCUCUUCCUCGUCUCUCAGCACUGGCGCAAUAGCUGGAAUAGCUGUCGGCAUCGCCCUUUUCUUAGUCCUCCUUGGACUCGCCGCCUUCUUCUUCUUCCGCAAGCGUCGCCAAAGCACACGAAAGUACGAACUCGCCGCCAUCGAAGUCUCAGACACAGGCUCGAAACGCCACCUCACCAGCGCCGGGAACAGCAACAGCAACAACAACAACAACAACAACAACAACAACAACGCCGCCAUGAAAGCCCCAGCCCCGCUUCCACCGCAGGAAAUGGGCGGCACGCCGCUCACCGAGCUUGCAUCGCCGGCUGCCAUGGCCUUUCCUCUGGACCACAAGCGCGCCAUCAGCGUAAACAGCACACCGGUGGAGCUGCACGCUGAGAGCGCAGUGCCGUACUCGCCGGCGACAGCGGCGCGAUGGGAGGAAGUGUCACUCGCACGCCCGGACGGCUACCACUACCACGAGAUGGGCGGAGAGAGCAGUGGCACACCGACGGAGGAUAGGAGUUGGGCGCCCAGUGACGAUGCUACUAUGAUCAACUCGCCGAGGAGCGGUGGGCACGGUACAGGUGUGAGUCCAUUGACUGAGACGUUUAGGAAGCAUUGA